CUCUCGCUCUCGCGCCGCGUGCCUGCAGCCAGCCUGCAGCAACCUUCAACCGCCGGCCGGCGACAGAGAGCAUCGACGACAACGGCGACAUCACCACCUACCUCGCUUCGCUUGCAUCUCUUCUUCUUAUCAUCCACAGCCACACACGCCAUGCUCAACCUCAAGAAGAAGCUCAGCGCGCUCGUCCCCAGCGAGUCCGCCCGCUCGCAGCUCCAAAAUGUCCUGACGGUCGAAUGGUCAGGCAACAAGACGGUCCUCGUCGAGCUGCCGCCCGCGUCCGAGCGGUCAAACGACGUCGAGAUGGCGGGGCUGGGGCCAAAAGGCAGUGGCAGCGAGUACGGCCGGCUCGUCGACCACGACGAAGAGGACGAAGACGAAGACGUAGAGUGGGACGGGCCGGCGGGAGGGCGCGGCGACCACCGGUUCGUGCAGUCCCGCUUUGACCGGGCCCGGCCAGACGAGCCGCCGGCGAGCGAGCGGUACGACGGCGGCUCGUCGUUCAACAUCGCGACGUCGAGCAGCAAGCCGCGCGCGCCCAACCCGUUCGCCAACCCCUUCCUCCACGACGACGACUUUGCCGCCGGCUUCAGCGGCACGUCGUCCAACAAGGCCGUGACGCACCACACGCACGCGCCGCGCGCGUCGUCGCUGUCAGCAGCCGCCACCGCCCCGCCCCUCCCAAAGCGCCCGACACUGCAGCACCCCAAGAACCGGAGCUGGGACCGCGGCAGCGCCAGCUCGCGCCCCUUCGCGUCGCCCACGCACUCGACGGGCGGCAGCUCGUUCUCGUCCAGCGGGACAAAGGCGGAAGACGACCCGUUCAGGUAGUCUGAUGCGCGGUGUCGAGUCGCUGAGACAAUCGCUACGCCGAUGAUCCGACGCGGAUGAUCGCGACUCUGACCGCGACUGUGUUCGCACCCCCUUCCCACACCCCAACCCACCCACCCAGCCUGUUGUAUACCAUACCUUAGACCACCCGUUG